GUUUGGAUGCCGAACUAUUCCCAGGUUUAGAUGAGACGGGCAUUGCCAUUGUCAUUGGCAUUGCUUUAUUACGUAGAUGAUAGUAAAUAGAUUGAUUGGCCAUUGCCAGUAUAGGUUAUCACUAUGAUUUAUUAUAUGUAUGAUCUUUGUAUUGUACUAUGUACAAUUCAACUUAGAGUUCAACAUGUUCUGUGUAGAAUGGAGGAAGCACCAUGUGGACGCUGCAACUCACGGUGCCGGACCCGCCUUUCUACUGCCACGCUGUUCGGCAUCUACUUCCAGCCUUCUUUUGUUGUUGCAGCGGUAACAAUUUAUAUGAACCUUCUGACAGUACAUUCUUUUUUUUGCUAUUUCCACUAAUGUAUUGUGUCUAUUAUUUGUUUUUAUCUUACACAGAUCGUACCAUGCAAUGUGAGAUUGCCAUUCAAUGAGCUCAUCGGAGACACGGUGACCUUCGACGCUCUUGGGGGCCCAUACACUAUGCAGGUCGAGAAGGGGCGAAAGAUAACCCAGAUAGGAGGAGAUGAUUGGGAUCGUUUCAUCGCUCGCAUGCGUCUUAGUGGGGGUGAAUUGAUCCGCUUCUCCUUGAGAACAGAUAGGCCCAGGAUUUCUGUUAUCUAUCUAAAUUUGAUUCCGGAUAGUGAGGAUGAAGUUCAUGAGGAGGAGGAUGGUGCUGAUUCAGAUGAUGACGAUUCAGAUGAUGAUGAGAACCCACUUGUUGAAUACCUGUAUGCCCAAGGACUCAGACUGGGCGACGAGGAAAUCGGCAACCUCUGGGACAUGCUUCCGCUACGUGAAGACUACCUAGGGAAGCCAUUCGUGACCCGCCUCACAAGGACGAAUGUUAAACGGCAUAUCAUGAAAUUACCUAAGAGGUUACUUGAUAGCUGUGACAUCGACCCGGACGAAGAAGGCAUGGCUGCUGGACUGCGCCUUACCAGAACGGGCUCCAUCACCAGCUGUGCCUAUGCAGUGGACACGGACGGUCGCACUGUCUUGAGAAGGGCAGGCUGGAAGAAGUUCCUUCGUGGCAAGAAUCUUCGGGUAGGACAGGCCAUCCUACUCACUGUUGCGAACACCAGUCGCCAUGACUUGAGGAUGAUGAUCACCAUCCACCUCAUUUAG